AUGCCGGUGCGUUUAUCAAAAGUUUUGAUGUACUACCGCUCAGCCUUGUGUAUGCCGUUGAUGAUCCAGAUACGCAAGUUAAUAUCCCUCAACUCGCUAUUUCGUGAUUGCCUUGACCAACACGCACCUCUCCAACGGACUAAAAUCUCACGCCCUCCAGCACCCUGGAUGAAAAAUUGUGACAUUGCCCAACUUCAGAAAGACUGUCAAGUUCUCCGUGUUAUGUCAACCACCAAUAACAUUGACGAACUUUCUAGGUCAAGAUAUCGUGAUGCUAGAAAUGAACUUAAGUGCAAGAUAAAAACUGCAAAACGUGAUUUUUACCAGCGAGCGUUUUCAUCCAAGAAACCAAAGGAAGCCUGGACAAUCAUACAUAGAAUACUUAACCCUAACCCUAAACCCUUGCGAGUUGAUCCUGACGAGCUUAAUACCCACUUCGCAUCUAGAAGUGAACGUGUCACUGGAACAACGCCUGAGCCAACCGAAAAUUUGUGGGCUUUCAUCGACACUCUACCGGGUGAUCCUGUUAGCGCUCUUCGUCUUCGCGAAGUUAGCUAUCGUGAAGUUUUGUCUGAAAUCAAAAGUUUGCGUUCGGGCUGUUCAUGUGGCCCUGAUGGUAUUCCUGUUAAAUACAUCAAAAUGGUCGCGGAGCAGCUAGGAUUACCCCUGACACAUAUCAUAAACAAUUGCAUAUCAAAGCAGCUAUUUCCAUCACCUUGGAAGACUGCGCGUCUUUGUGCUAUUCCAAAAGCUGAGAAGAUAACAUCCAAACAACGACCUCCGUCCUAUAUCCAUUCUUCCAACCUUAUCCAAGAUCUUCGGACGUCUGGUUCUUCGACAAAUGUCUGA